CUCCUCCUCCUCCUCCUCCUCCUCCUCCUCCUCUCCCGGGUAUUUAACCCAGCAAGGGAUGCCCAAACCUGCAGGAUCCUCACUCCUGUGCCGGGCAUCCCGAACGGACGGACGGACGGACGGACAGACAGACGGCCCCAGGGAGUCGCUCAGGAAUUGCUGCUCCCAUGGAUAAAUCACUUCACAUCACAAUCUGUGUGCUCACAGCCCUGCUGCUCCUGAGGGAAUCAAGCCAGGCAGGAGCUGGGAGGAAUGAUGAUGCUAUGAGUAAGGGCAUGGACCCUCGGGGAACAGGAGAGGGACUUCCAACCCUGACUGUCACAACCAUCCUGGAGGAUCCCUACGUGAUGGUGCGGGGAGCAGAGCUGGAGGGAUACUGCAUGGAGCUGCUGGCGGCCCUGGCGGGGAUGCUGCGCUUCCAGUACCGGGUCAGGGUGGUGGGCGACGGCCAGUACGGGGCCGUGGCGGCCGGGGGCAACUGGAGCGGCAUGAUCGGCGAGAUCCUCCGCAGGGAAGCUGACAUUGCAGUGGCUCCCCUGACUGUCACCUCAGCCAGGGAGGAGGUGGUGUCCUUCACCACCCCCUUCCUGCAGACUGGCAUCGGGAUCCUGCUCCGCAAGGACACGGCCUCGCAGGACAUGUCCUUCUUCCACUUCCUGUCCCCUUUCAGCAAGGAGACCUGGACAGCUCUUUUGUUUGCUUACCUGCUCACCUGCUUCUGCCUCUUCCUUGUUGCCAGACUGAGCCCCUGUGAGUGGAAUGAGCCAAAGAAUGAAGAGAACCACUUCACCUUCCUGAACAGCCUCUGCUUUGGAGCAGGAGCACUGGCCCUGCAGGGUGCCACCCCCAGGCCCCAGGCACUGUCGGUGAGGGUCAUUGCUGUGGUCUGGUGGCUCUUCACCCUGGCCCUGCUGGCCGCCUACAUCGCCAACUUCACGGCCCUGCUGAGCUCCGGCAGCGAGCAGCUCCCCAUCCAGACCUUCGAGGACCUGGUCAAGCAGAGGAACCUGGAGUUCGGGACCUUGGAGGGCUCCUCCACCUUCUACUACUUCAAGAACUCCAAGAACCCCAUCCACCAGAUGAUCUACGAGUACAUGGAGAAGAGGAGGGAGCACGUGCUGGUCAAGACCUACCAGGAGGCCGUGCAGCGCGUGAUGGACUCCAACUACGCCUUCAUCGGCGAGUCCAUCUCGCAGGACCUGGCGGCCGCGCGCCACUGCAACCUCAUCAGGGCCCCCGAGGUCAUCGGGGCCCGUGGCUUUGGCAUUGCCACUACCCAGGCAUCCCCCUGGACCAAGCCCCUGUCCAUCGCCGUGCUCAAGCUGCGCGAGUCGGGCGACCUGGACUACCUGAGGAACAAAUGGUGGGAGAGCAGCUGCCUGCGCCAGAGCCGGGAGCGCUGGGGGCCCCUGGAGCCGCCGGCCCUGGGGGGGCUCUUCCUCACGCUGGGCAUCGGCCUCGCCCUCGGCAUCCUCGCCGCCCUGGCCGAGCUCUCCAGCAGCAGCCGCCGCGCGGCCGCGCACGCCAAGAAAUCUUGUUGCUCUGUUUUCACAGAAGAAAUCUGCACUCGUCUACGCAUAAAAGGAGCUGCCAGACAAAGCCAGGACGCGCCAGGGAAGGCAAAUGCUUGAGGAGUUUUUGCUGUGUUAGGGUUGUGCCACGUCCUAGGAGCUGUAUCAGUGUAGGAAGAUGUUUUUCUGCUAGCCUAGAGUGUUAGUUUGCUAAUUACAGACACACACACAGCACUUCUGGAGUGGUGGUGGAGCUGCAGACACAGGAAAUUAAGUGGCUUGGAAGAAAUUGCAUUGCUUAGGGGUAGAGUGGAGCUGUGACAAAUGGAUAAACUGGAGCAGAGCUGGCCAGGAUGGUGGAUCCAUGUUUAGGUUUGAAGUUCACCCUGUAAGUCCAUGAAGGCCUGGAGGAGGAAGUGACUGGGGACAGGUUAAUGUGAAGCCUCUGCUACCAAUUCCUGUGUGAGGAACAGUCGUGGAACAUUAAAGCCCUUGUCUGUCUCAUAAUCAGGAACAGCAGCUUAAGCAUUGCAGCUCUAAACAGCCUCACCCUGCCCUGCCUGAGCAGCAGGGGCUGGUCCCUGGAAGGCAGUUCCUGGAUCAGAACUGACAGGGCUGCUGUGUAACCCCAAACAGGCCCUGCCUGCACCCCAAAACGGGAGCCCCUGCCACCAAGGUGGCACCUGAGCUAAGAAAUGCCAGGCAGGGCUUGUCCUUUGACCCCUCCCAGCAGAGGAGUGACAAUGUUUUGUUCUUGUUGCCCAAGAAUUGAGGAUUGACAGUGGAAAUCCAUCAGUACCAGAGCAGGGAAGGAAUGUGGGGAUGAGUCAAACACAGCAGAGCCCCAGCUCCCCUGCAAGGGGAGAUGUGAGGGUGUUUUGCAUCACUCCCCUGCUCUCAAACAAUGCUGAAGUUCAGGGGAACAGUUUUCUCAGCUGCAUGUUAAACACCUUCCUCAUUAAGCAGCUUUCCCUUUCAGAGCUGGGAUGACUGAGGCAUUUAAGUGUUAGGGCAAAUUGGUGGUGAAAUCACUCCAUUUAUCAACUGCACAGCUGAAGGAGGGAAAAAACAAAUUGGGUUCCUUGAGAAUGGCUGUAAUUGCACUGCAGGAACAAAACCACCAAUCCUUGUCAGUCCUAGGAGGGAAAACUGAAGGGAAGAGAAACCAGGGGAGUUAAGGAUGGGGAGUUAUGGGUGAUCCUGAACCCAGCACUGCUCAUUCCCUGGGAGGGUAUUCAGUGAGACUCAGCUUCAGCUGCUGUGAAGGAAUUCAGUGCAGCUGCAGGACUCCCUCCCUCAUCCCUCCAGGACUCCCUCCCUCAUCCCUCCUGCUAAUGGGAACAAACAAGGGGUUAGGAAUUUCAGGUGUUGGGAAACCAGGGCUGGUCCUUAACUCAGACUGCAACAGCCCUGGCUCAGUCACAGCCCGAGCAGUGUUUGUGGGGUGAGAAGGUGGAUCAGCCCUUCCAUCAGCUGAGCUGCACAGAGCAGGAGGGAUUUAGGUAAGUGUAAAAGCUAAAAAUGCAACAUCAGGAAAUGCAACAACAGGUUCACUUAGCAGUUAAAAACGAUGUGGUAGGUGCUGUGUCACUGCUGGCAGAGUAGGCAGAGAUGUAUAAAAAAAGGUUUCAUUGACAUUUAAAUAUAUUUCUAUAUGAAUGUCUCACAGAACAAAAAAAUAAAGUCUUUUCAUCACAAA